AUGGACUUUCAUAUGAGAUGUAAUUCUCUCAAAUGCCGGGCCCAGCUGAAGGAGAGAGCGGUGGUCACAACAUGCUCUCACAUCUUCUGUCUAGGAUGCGCUGGCGACCUUGGACUUGCACAUCCCACCAACGGCGACCGUCGUUGUCCCGCCUGUUCAACUGUCCUUUCCAACCCCGAUGAUGCAGUUUCAACCAUUUUAAAUCCCACGGAGGACUACAAGACAAGCGUUCUAAGUGGCCUCGAUCCUAAUACCAUUAUGGAGUGCGCCGGGCGUGCCUUGGGAUUCUGGGCAUAUCAGAGCACGCAAGAGAUAUUCUACCAAGAAUUUCUCGGGAAAAGUCUCACUGAGAAAUACGCAAGUCUGAGUAUGCAGAUGGACAAAGUAAUCCACAACGCCAAUUCCGAGAUCGCAACUCUACACGGCAAAGUCUCCGACCUGCAAGGUGCACACGAACUACUGGAGAAGAAGAAUCAAGAACUGAUCGACCUCAAUCGGGAACGGUCCAAGAAACUCACCCAGAUCACAAAUCUCUACAGUAUCCUCAAAGCGCGCGCAAUGCGAACCCAAUUGCAAAAUGCGGCCUCGGACACGGUCACUCAGACCAUCAACACAUUCACAUCUCGAACCGAACCUGUUGAUCAAAUAACUCACACCAACAACCAAACCUAUCCAAAGGUUCGAGCUCCUGGUGGUGGACCAAAGACGCCGGUCUUUCCAAUGAGUCCUGAGGGCGUUGAACAACUCCAUCGGUACCAACGAAGUGGCACCGGCAGCUCCAAACAAGCGGGUAAUAAGAGAUCUGGCGGGAAAUCUUUGGCGGCCCCAGCAGGUCGAUUGAACUGGAAGUCGCCCGGGGUCCCACCUCCCAUGAUCCCACAGCACCGUACUCGUCUUCCGCAGACCUCUCGGCAAUCAACUAUCAUGUCAAACCUCCCAUCUGGGGAAGCUAUGCUUGCGCGAUUCGGAAAUUGA